AUGGCCGAGGCAUUUGCUACCUCCGUUGCAUCGAAUCUUGUGUCGAAACUAGGUGAGUACCUAUUUGCUCCCAUUGGACGUCAAUUUGGAUACGUGCUGUGCUACAAGAGCUACGCCCAAGAUCUCGAAAAUGGGGUCGAGAAGCUGGAGAUUUCGAGAGAAAGGGUGCAGUACUCCGUCAAUGAAGCCGUGUAUGGCGGAAAACCUAUACACACUGAUAUUAAGAAAUGGUUGGAUAGUGUGGAGAACAAGGCUACCGAAGCACAAAAUUUGUUAAAACAAGGAGAAAGUGCAAAAAGUGCUUGCUUCCAUGGGUGGCUUCCCAACCUGGUGGUGCGCCAUCCAAUUGGCAGGAAGAUGAAGAAGAUGACUCAAGUCAUUAAGGAACUCCAAGACAAAAGCGCAAAUAGUAACUUCCAGAAGGUCUCCCAUGAGGAUACUCCGAUAGGAAUUGUCAAGAAGCCCACUUCCACGGCUAGAUCUGUUGUCAAGAAAGAGGAUGUCCUAGAGUCGAGGGCUUCAAUCACAGAGGAUAUAAUAAAAGUUAUAGCUGAUAACAAAGUUUUUGUGAUUGGGGUGUAUGGACCAGGUGGGGUUGGUAAGUCCAAGCUUUUGGAAGACAUCGAAAGGAAAGUUAAAGAAGAAAACUUGUUCGAUGUGGUUGCCACUGCAAAUGUAUCACGCAAUCCAGAUCCAAAAAGAAUUCAAGCAGAAAUUGCUUAUGCACUAGGUCUCAUGCUAACGAAUGAUGAACCUACUCGUGGAAGAGCAGAUCGUUUGUGUAAGAGGUUGGAGAGUGAUUCUAAGAAAAUUCUCAUAAUUUUAGAUAAUCUAUGGACGAAGCUAGAGUUGAAGGAGAUUGGAAUCCCUUGCGGAUAUGACAAUAAAGUAAGAAAUUGCAAGCUAUUGCUAACGUCUAGGUACCGAGAUGUUUUGCUCAAUGACAUGGUCUCUGACCAAGAUUUCCGACUCAAUGAGUUAAAGCACGAAGAAGCACGAAGACUUUUUGAAAGAACUGUAGGGGACAGAGUUAACGAUCCUGAGUUAAAGUGCAUGGUAGAUAAAGUGGUCGAGAAUUGUGGAGGCUUGCCACUUUUGAUUCUCUCGGUUGCAAAAAGGUUGAAGCAUGGAGAUUCGGCUGAAUGGAGAAAUGCUUUGACCAAUAGAGAAUGGUCGGAUGCAAAAUCACUAGUGGAACUAAAUUACAAUGACUUAAAAGAUGAGAGGAUCAAAUCAUUGUUCUUGGUUUGUGCUCUAGACCCUAUGAGUAUUUUCAUGAGGUGUUCCCUUGCCUACUGCAUGGGUUUGGGUUUAUAUAGAAAGUUCAACAAGACCAUCCAAAAUGCUGGAGAGAGGUUGACCUUGGAUCUACGUAGCCUGCAAGACUCUUCUUUAUUACUAGAUAGUGAUGAAAAUGAAGUGUUCAAAAUGCAUGACAAAUUUGUUGACGUAGCUAUCUCUAUUGCUUCCACGGAAUGGAAUGCCUUGGUCGGGACAAAGGAUUGUGGGUUUAAAGAAUGGUCAAAGGAUGAGCUCAGAAAAUGCACCGCGAUGUCCAUCCAACUUUCUGGCAUUGACAAGCUUCCUGAAAUAUUGGACUGCCCAGACUUGAGGAUCCUUUUAUUACACGAACACAACUUUAAAAUUUCCGACUCCUUCUUUCAAUCUACGAGGAAGCUCCAAGUCUUGGACUUUACUUGCUUGUCUUUCACCUCUCUACCUUCAUCGAUGGAGUUCCUUGAAAACCUCAAGUCGCUAUCUCUUGAUUUCUGCCAUCUAGAUGACGUGAGUGUUCUUGGAAAGCUGAAAGGAUUGCAGUUCCUAAGUUUUCAUGGAUCUACAAUUGCUCGGCUACCCACAGAGAUAGGUGGACUAAUAGAAUUGAGAUUUUUGGACUUGACAAGUUGUAUUAAGCUUAAAGUUGUCGAACCCGGUGUGCUUGGAAGCUUGGUUAAUUUAGAAGAAUUGUAUAUGGAAGAUAGUUUUGAUCAGUGGGAGCUCGAGGGUAAAGCACCGCGAAGCAACGCCAUCCUAUCUGAGUUGAAGAACAUGAAAAAUUUGAGUACUCUGUCCAUUGCCAUUCCCCAUUCAGCCUACCUCUCAAGGCACCUGCCAUUUGGAAAAUUGAACAAGCAUAAAAUCCAAAUUGGGGAAGUUUGGAAUUGGCGGGGCAAGUACAAAGAAUCCAGAACUUUAAAACUCAAGCUCAAUUCGGGCAAUCUUCUUCUUGAAGAGUGGGUGCAGAAAUGUUUGCAAAGAACGCAAGAUCUCCACUUGGAUGGAUUGCAAGAUGGCAAUGAUAGCAUUCAUGAUUUGUGCAUCGAAGGAUUUCAAGAAUUGAAGCAUCUUCACGUACAAAAUAGCCCCUCAUUUCAGUAUGUUGUUCACUCCACAGAGAAUUUCCAGUAUACUGCAUUUACGAGAUUGGAAUCUUUGUUUCUCGAGAAUCUAAGCAACUUGGAGAAAAUUUGUCAUGGCUGUCUUGCUCAAGAAUCCUUUAGCAAGUUAAAGAUUUUGAAAGUGGAUAAUUGUGAUGAAAUCAAACAUUUGUUUUCUUUGUCCAUGACGAGAAUAUUGCCGCAAGUCGAAGAGAUUCAAAUAAGCAAGUGUCAUUUGAUGAAGCAAAUUGUUGCAUAUGCCAAGGCAAAUGAAGACAAAGAUGAAUAG